CGUUUCCUGCUCUGUCUCCCCCCUCCAGAAACACACACAAGCCAGAGCUGAGGUGAAUGCAGAGAGAGGAGGGGAAAGCAGAACUCAAGCGAAAGAAGGUUAGCCAACAGCGAUUUAAGAAAAUGGCGAUCAUGCAGGACGGAUGCCUCCCCUCGUAGAUGCUGCAAACGCGUUGAAAUUAUUUUAGCCUUACAGCCGGCUUUCCUUUCUACUCUGUUGCACUUUAUACUUCAAUGAGAGAUUUGGAAUUGGAAGCUGUUGCCACCAAAGAAGCUGAAGCAUCUUAACAGGGACAAUACCCAUAGAGGGAAGAACAGUGGAUGGAAGAGAGAGAGAGACGAAGAGUGUGACCAGGAAGGCGGACAAGAAGAUACAGAACUGGUCAAAAGUGCCAGAGCAUACCAAGUCAAGGCAGAGUCCUAAACCUGAACCACAUCCCCUCUUCCCCCUCCCCACAUUUACGCCUACACACCUACACCCACGUACAAACACAAACGCUUACACAUACAGUCCUCAGCAAUGCCAACGGGGCCUGAUCAGCUUGCUGCCCGCUCUGACAAGCCCUGCUUCUUCACCUCAGACCCUUGAGGCUGUGCCCUCUGAGCUUUGACCAUUGACCUCCCCUUUGUUGACCUGGGAAUCAGAGGUCUCCUGUUCUCUACUCAACCCGUGGACGCCCUCCUGCCCAGCCAGGAGCCUCAGCCACGAGCCGUACUCACAGGCAUGGCUCCCAUUCGGGAUUCCGUCAGCCACUCCCCUAAUCAAGCAGGUCUGGAGCACCCUGGCUUGGACUCACAGUAUGAGCCUUCCCCCUGGUCCUCUGGCUCUCCCUGCAGCAGUGACGGCAACAGCAACUGGGGCAAAGUCCUAGUGGACAGAAGCACCGACAAAUCCAACAACCCUUCGUCAACUAACUCUUCUGUCUGGCCUCCCUCCUCCUCUUCAUUCUCUUGCUCCUCAUCUUCUUCCUCUUCUGGCUGUGGGUCAGGAUCAGACCCUGAGUUGGCAUCAGAAUGCAUGGACGCAGACUCUAGCUCCUCGAUCGGCUCAGAGAAAAACCUUGCCGCUGUCACAACAGUGAUGAUGAUGUCAGCAAAUGCUUCUUCCUCUGUGUCUUCUACGGCUUCUUCCCCCUCCUCCUCUUUGGUGACUUCUGCCAUGAUGGUCAGCGUUUCAGUGAAUGGAGAUGGCAACGGUCGUCAGGUCAUUGGUGGAGGCGUCGGAACCAUCAGCAGUGCAAAUAAUGGAAAUAAUAACAUCACUGGCCCCUCCCACUACUCUGUGGCAGGGUCCAGCAGUAUUGGCAGCAAUAACAUGGGUAACCACCACAACAAGCCCGUCAAUAACAGUGGUAUAUGGGGCACCCAGUCAGGCAGCAACAUGAUUACCACCGGCGGAAGCACCCCCUGCAUCAAUGGAGGGUUAAACCCAAACACUUCAAACCCAAAUGCCAACCAUGGUGCCUGGCCGCAGAAUCUAACCCCAAGCUCAUUGUCCCAGGGCCAACGUCCUCCACAGGCUCAGGGGAUGAGGUCCAAACUGAGUAUAGUUCCCCAAGUAGGCUGGGGUGGCAUGGCAGCUCCAAACAGCAGUAUGGAAGACACUGAGGUGAAUAAUGGUACAGCAAGCGGCAAUGUGUUAGGAAGCAGCAACAGUGGAAAUGGUGGCCUACAGCCUACCAACCUUAACACUGAAUCCAAUGGACCAAAUAACACUAUUAUGAUGAAUACUACUACUACUACUACUAAUGCCACAAUGACCUCUAGUCCACCAAGCUCUACCGCCUCACCCCAGCUCAGUGGGGAGUGUUCUUGGGGCUCUAUUGGAGGAGGGAAUGGGGGUCCGCUGGCCAAUGGAAAUGCCUCAUCAGCCUCCCUGCACCCCCAAGGAGAGCUAGGAGGUCCUGGGGCCUUCGGUACGCCUUGGGGCACAACUACCUACCCUGGAGACAAGGGCCACCCAAAUGUAGACACUGUGAACCCCCAAAACCCUGCCGCAAUGCAGGCUGGGAACCCCCAAAUCUCCUCUACUGCUGCUUACAAGAGUAAUAAUAACGACAAUAACACUGCGGCCCCACGCUGGGACCAGGGGCCUGCCAACAACCCAAACCAGCCCCAGAGCAACUUGUCCUGGGGUAUUGGCUCAAAUCAAAUCCCAGGCUCUGCAGGCCAAACACCAGGAAAUGGGAACCAAACUACCAUGGGCCCUCCAGCAGGCAUACCUCGUCCGUGGGGGAGCAGCGCGUCUUCUUCUUCCUCGUCAUCAUCGUCCUCUUCCACAUCUAUCAACAAGAUGUCAAAUGGAGAAUGGGGAUCAACAACUCCUGGAAUCAACCAUACAGAUGCUGGAAGUCAUAAAGGAAGCUCUGCCAACAAUGGCUGGAAGAGCCUGGAGGAUGACGCCAUGGGCAUGGGAGGGGGAGGAGGUGGAAGCCACAGCUUGGGGGGUGUCACUGCAGGGUGGGGUCGCUCAGGAGGAAGUGAGGGAAGUGGAGAGAGCUCCGGAGGUCGAUCCAGCUCAGAGAGGGAGGGUGGCCAGCCAAAAGGGGGAAACCGUAGAAAAGGUACCCAUUCUGCAUCAGUAGCGUCAACUGUGUCCCAGGCCGAUGUGGACCCAAGGGUUCUGUCAAACACUGGAUGGGGACAGACGCCUAUACGGCAGAACACCGCCUGGGAUGUCAAUUCUCCUGCUAACAAUCAACACCAGGGUCCCAGAGGAGACGAAAGAAAGCAUAGCAGCGGAGGUUCCGGCUGGGGCACAGCAACACCGGCAGCUCCCUCUCAGACCUCUGGAGGUUGGGGGGGUGGGCCAGGCAGCUCAGGCCCAGGUACAGGAAGUUCUGGCUGGGGAGAGCGGACAACCUCUGGGUGGGACAGCAAAGUUCCAGCAAGUGGAGGAGGUGGGCAGAGUGGCUGGAAUGAAGGAUCCAGCUACAAGGGGAGCAACAACAGUAACACCUGGAGCAAUAACAUUAACAAAGAUGACAGGUCCAAUACGUGGACUAAUGCGCCCAAACCACAGCAGGGCUGGGGUUCCAAUAGUAGAAAUGGAUGUGAAGGCUGGGGUAAUGGUGGAGAUGGUGCCAGACCAGGGCCCAACAACCACUGGGUGGAGCCCCAAAAAGGUGCAGGCUCAGUGGGCUGGGACAGUGACAGCGACCGGUCUGGCUCUGGAUGUUGGAGCGAGCCAAGUCGAACCAACACCAGCAGCAGCAACACCUGGGUAGGUAGUGGAGGAUCAAAUACUCCAGACCAGAACACUCCAAACCCAUGUUCCAACUGGGGCGAUUCAGUCCACAAACCCAAUCCUCAGAGUAACAGCCAGGGCUGGGGUGAGCCAAUGAAGAACAACCACGGAGCCCAGACCUGGGGUGAGCCAAAUCCCAAGUCCUCCAACGAGUGGGGAAAAGGUCCUGAAUCCACCAUGUCCAAAGGCAAUCAAGGUCCUGACAAGCCCACAGGCUGGUUGGGAGGCCCCAUUCCCACAGUAGGUCAGAAGGAGGAAGUGGCAACUGGGUGGGAAGAACCUUCUCCAGAGUCUGUUCGUCGGAGGAUGGAGAUCGAUGAUGGGACAGCAGCUUGGGGAGACCCUGCUGAUGACUCACAUGAAACCUUCAUAGGUAAAUACAGUGGUGGAGCUGUCAACAUGUGGAACAGGACUGGCCAAUCUGAUCAGGAGGCCAUAGGCCCAUCCUCCCAGCACCAGUCCCACCCAGCACACAGCUUGAAGCAUCCUCCUCAGCCCGCGCAGCCUCUUACCCAGGAGAAAAGCUGCAGCUCUGGUUGGGGUGAGCCUUACCCCAAACAGAAAGAGUCCUCAACAUGGGGGGAGCCUACCACUGCUCCACCGGUGAAAGUGGACAACGGGACGUCUGCCUGGGGGAAACCCAUGGAAACCAGCUCCAGCUGGGAAGAACCCAGCAGGGGUAGCAGAGACUCUGGGUCUACAUGGGGCGGCCAACAUAAAUCUGCUCCAGUUCCGAAGCCCAUGGAGACAUGGUGUGGUGAAGAGGCGUCCAUGGGCAAUAGCUGGGAUCAGGAAGAGGAGGUUGAGAUUGGCAUGUGGAGCAACAGCCAACAGGACAACAGAUCCCAUGAACAAAACACCUGGAACUACAAGCAUAGAGGCUCCAUCAAGAUGAACAAACCGAUGAACAAACAGGAUGAACCCUGGAUGAAACCGUUCGUCAACCAGUUCAACAGCAUGAACUUCUCUAGGGACUCUCCUGACGACUCCAUGAAGACAGGAGCAGGGAUGGUGCAGGACAAACGUAUGGACAUGGGCAGUAUGGGAGACUUCAAUGGAGUAAUGGGGAAGACCCCCGGGUCUCGACACCAUCUCCACAAGGAGUCUGCCAUGGAUCGCAGCCCUUACUAUGACAAGAAUGUAAACCCGAUAAUGGGUGGCAACAUCGUAGCACAGGGCCGAGGUGGCCCCCAGUCCCAGGCCCCCCCCCAACCCAAUCUUCGUAACCAAGUGCCUCCACCCAUCCUGCCCUCUCAGGUCCCUCCAUCCCUGUUGAAGUACCCAGGAGGUAACGGAGGUCUGAACCCUCUGUUUGGCCCUCAGCAGGUGGCUGUGCUCAACCAACUCUCCCAGCUCAACCAGCUGUCACAGCUCAACCAGAUCAACCAAUUACAGCGUCUUCUCCUCCAGCAGCAGCAGCAACAACAGCAACAGAAAGCUCAGAGCCAGAGAGCCAUGCCCGUGGGACGACAGACUGAACAGACACGUCCUAUUGGUUCGUCUCCAUCAAUGAUGCAGCCGCCACGGCACCUGGACCCCACCCUGUUGAAACAGGCCCCGUCCCACAAACCGUACCUGGAUAACUACUUGUCCCACAAUACCCCUGAGAUGCAGAAGGAUGCUGCUGCUCUCGGAUCCUUCAGCAACUUCCCUUUAAGCUUGAACUCUAACCUGAAUGUAUCCCUGGACAUGGGUGUUGGUGGUGGUAGUGGUGGCGGAGCUGUGAGCUACAAAGAGCCGCCCCAGUCCAGACUGAAGAAACUUUGGGCUACUGACCCUCUGGAGCAGAACAGCAAACCUGGUGCUAUGUCGUCUGGGCUGCGUCUGGAGGACUCUCCCUUCUAUGACUUCCUGUCUCCUGGCCCAUCUCCCCUGAGUCCUCCCGGCCAAUCAAUGGGCUCGGUGGGUGAUGGCUGGCCACCCCGUGCCAACUCCCCCCCGCCCCAUGGAAACACUGUCACCUGGCCCCCAGAGUUCCGGCCCGGGGAGCCUUGGAAAGGUUACCCCAACAUUGACCCUGAGACUGACCCCUAUGUGACCCCCGGCAGUGUCAUCAACAACCUCUCCAUCAACACCGUCCGUGACACAGACCACCUCAGGGACAGGAACAACGGGCCAUCCUCAUCACUGAACACCACGAUGCCUUCUAACAGUGCCUGGUCAUCCAUUCGUGCCUCCAGCCACAGCGGUUCCCUCACCAGUACAGCACAAAGCACUUCAGCCAGACCCAGUGAGUCAAAGUGGUCUCCCGGCGGCGGUUCUGUGUCCAACUCCUCCCUGGCCCAUGAGCUGUGGAAGGUCCCCCUGCCUCCCAAGGCCAUGUCUGUGGCGGCCCCCUCCAGACCACCACCUGGCCUCACCAGCCAGAAGCCCAGCCCUGCCUCCUCCGGCUGGGACGGCUCUGCCCUGAGGCUGGGGGGGUGGGGCUCCUCCGAGUCCAGAUACACACCUGGUUCCAGUUGGGGUGACAGCAGCAGCUCAGGGAGAACCCAAUGGCUUGUUCUGAAAAAUCUCACACCUCAGAUUGACGGCUCUACCCUGAGGACCUUGUGCAUGCAACAUGGCCCUCUGAUCACAUUCCACCUCAACCUGCCGCACGGUAACGCCGUGGUAUGCUACAGCUCCAAGGAUGAGGCCGCCAAGGCCCAGAAGAGCCUGCACAUGUGUGUUUUGGGGAACACUACUAUUCUGGCUGAGUUUGCCAGCGAGGAGGAAAUUAACCGUUUCUUUGCACAAGGGCAGUCAUUGGCCACUCCCUCCUCCGGUUGGCAGGCUAUUGGCUCCUCUCAGAGCAGAAUGGAUCAGUCUCACCCCUUUCCCAGCCGCGCUCCUGAACCUAACCAGUGGAACAGCAGCGAUCUCCACAGCUCCUCCCUCUGGGGCGGGCCCAACUAUUCCAGUAGCCUGUGGGGGAGCCCCAGUGGCACCGAGGCGGGGAGGAUCAGCAGCCCCUCUCCAAUCAGCUCUUUCCUCCCAGUGGAUCACCUGAACGGGGGUGCGGACUCCAUGUGAACCGCCUGCCAAUCAAACAGGCUGAGGGAAGGGUCAGUAAAGAAUUAUCAAUAAUCAGCAGAAGAAAAUGGGGGGGAAAAAAAAAAAAGUAGGUAAACGCAAUGGCACUAGUUGGACUCUUUCUUACUUACAAGAUAUUCAACAAAACGGGGUCUCCCCUGUGGAAAACAAGUUACGUUUCUCUCUCUGCACAUAUGUCCACUUUGUUUUAGCCCAAAAACAUAUCAGUCGGAAUACUUGAAUCAUGCAGGCCAAUUCUAUAAUGUGAACGGAUGGAUAUUUGCUUCCAGGUAGUGCUCUUUCAGACCGAAAAAAGCUUCAAUCGAGCUCAUUAUUAUAUAUAUAUAUAUUUUUUUUUUUUUUGUUUGUUUCAUUCGUCAUGUUUAUUUGAAUUCCAAUACUUUUCAUUUUUAACGUUCUCUUUUUGUUUUUGCAUUUGUUUGCUGACAAUGUUGGAGUAUGAGCUUUUUUAACUUUGCACUGAAUGUGGUUUUUUCUCAGUAUAUAUAAUCUGCAAUAUAGAGGGAGCAGCCAGUUUUUCCAGUGUAGCUGUUUACUCAUUGAGGUCCUUACCGUAUGUGUGUAUGUGUGUGCACGCGCACUUGUGUGUGGAAGUACUUUGUGUGUGUGAGAGAGAGAGAGAGAGAGAGAGAGAGAGCGCGCAUGUGUGCGUGAAUGAGUAUGUGUGCGCUCCUCUCUGCCUUGGCACGCCUACCUUACUGCGUUGUCGUGGAGUUCAAGAUCAACAGAUAGUUAAAGAAGAAUAAAAGCUGACUUAGGAGGAUUAUCUGGUGAUAGUAAAAGUGACAUUAAAAAGUAUUGCACCAAUUUUGUUUUAAAACUAAAGAACGUUGAGCUCUGCAGUGCUAAGGACUGUAGCCGCAGCUGGGACUAGCAAGCCCCGCCCACCUUACAGUGGGAGGCGGGGCCUAUCUAGCAAGCCCUCCCAUUAGCCCCCUAGUGGGCAGGGGAGGGGGAACAGCACUUUCAGAAUAGGCUUUCAAUGUUUUGGAGGUGCCACACUGUAACCUCUUGUUUACAAGACUUAGGAGGCGGAACGUGUGUUCAUUCUUCAUUUUAAAGAGAAGAUGGAAUAAAAUAGAAAAUGCACAAAAAAAUUAAAAAAGAAUAAAAAAUUACUUUAAAAAAUGUAUAAAACAAAUAGAAAAACAAGAAAAAAUCAAACUCUUAUUGAGGAUGAAGACGAUGCUUUGUAACUCUGGGAAUUCGGAUCAGUGUUUUUGGCCAUGGCGUUGGUUAUUUGAACUAUUCCUCUUUGUCUGCUAAAUAACCAGCAAUGGUUCUCAGGAAAUCAAGCCAGUUUUCCCCCCUUGUAGGUGAAUUAAAAAAACUACUACUCCUUGUAGGAAAGGAUAAUCCAACUUCUAGCACUGAAAACUAUGUAUAGGUCUGUCAGUUGUUUUUUUUUCUCUGCCAAAUAACUGCUUUAAGCUGGAGAAGCUCAACACACUGCUUUCAAUAUGCUGUCUUUUGAGGU